AUCAACCUCACCCAGGAGAUGCGGGCUUCCGUCAGUUCGUCGACGCUGAUCACGCUAGACUGGCUUUGCGCAUGGCGGAGCUGGCGAUGGAUCAGCAACCAGCGACGGCACCAUGCAGUGAUCCGCAGCAGUCGUUUCAGCGAAGAGUAGCGAAGCAGCAAUUCCGAUUCGGGCUUCAGCUCGGCAACGGCGGCGACGUGAGCACGGACUCGUCUCUCUGGGAGGUCCUCUGCUGACAUCUCCUCGCUGUUGGUCGUCCAAGGACUGCUCUCCGCUGCUAGCCAUACGGGACCUUGCCACCAGAGCGGGUGGUCAACCAGCUCGCUAGAAUAGAGCCCCCGGGAAACACAGUCCGCUGGGUUUUUCCGACCUGGUACGUGAUGCCAGUGGGUCCAGGAUCAGUGUUUGUAUUUUGCUGACCCGGUUGGCCACAUAGAUGGCCCACGUCGAGGGAUGCCCACGGAUCCAGCCGAGCGUGACGGUGAAAUUAGACCACAUAUGAAGAGGUGUCUUGUCUGCUCCAAUGAUCGGUACGGUGUGGGCGGCUAGACAAGCCAGAAGAGUGGCGGCAGACAGCUCCAGCCGAGGUAUAGCACAGCUGAGUAGGCACGCUCUGAGGCAUCGGCGAACGUGGAUCUUUCGCUGUGAGUCAGCCAAGCUUCCUAGCCAUCGAGGUACGAGCAAGUUUUCCAGAGCAGGCAGCUCGCUCUGGAAUUGUAGCCAUCUCCUCUCUUCGUCGAUUGGCAGCGGAGCGUCCCAAUCGAGGCCUAGCAACCAGGUGGACUGGAUGAAGAUCUUAGCUAGUACUGUUGUUGGGGACAGCCAGCCGAGAGGGUCUAACAUCUUUGCUGUCAGUGAAAGUACCGACCUUUUGGUGAUGGUCGAUAGAUUGAUCCGUUUGGUGGCGAAGGCGAAGCGAUCGUUCCGGGGUAGCCAGCGUAACCCAAGAGUGGAGUGACUCUCGCCGGGC